AAGAAAAAAAAAAAACCUAGAUGUGGUACUGAGAAGAAGGAUGAGGAGAAGAAGGAUGAGGAGAAGAAGGAUGAGGAGAAGAAGGAUGAGGAGAAGAAGGAUGAGGAGAAGAAGGAUGAGGAGAAGAAGGAUGAGGAGAAGAAGGAUGAGGAGAAGAAGGAUGAGGAGAAGAAGGAUGAGGAGAAGAAGGAUGAGGAGAAGAAGGAUGAGGAGAAGAAGGAUGAGGAGAAGAAGGAUGAGGAGAAGAAGGAUGAGGAGAAGAAGGAUGAGGAGAAGAAGGAUGAGGAGAAGAAGGAUGAGGAGAAGAAGGAUGAGGAGAAGAAGGAUGAGGAGAAGAAGGAUGAGGAGAAGAAGGAUGAGGAGAAGAAGGAUGAGGAGAAGAAGGAUGAGGAGAAGAAGGAUGAGGAGAAGAAGGAUGAGGAGGAGAAGGAUGAGGAGGAGAAGGAUGAGGAGGAGAAGGAUGAGGAGGAGAAGGAUGAGGAGGAGAAGGAUGAGGAGGAGAAGGAUGAGGAGGAGAAGGAUGAGGAGGAGAAGGAUGAGGAGGAGAAGGAUGAGGAGGAGAAGGAUGAGGAGGAGAAGGAUGAGGAGGAGAAGGAUGAGGAGGAGAAGGAUGAGGAGGAGAAGGAUGAGGAGGAGAAGGAUGAGGAGGAGAAGGAUGAGGAGGAGAAGGAUGAGGAGGAGAAGAAGAAGGAUGAGGAGGAGAAGAAGAAGGAUGAGGAGGAGAAGAAGAAGGAUGAGGAGGAGAAGAAGAAGGAUGAGGAGGAGAAGAAGAAGGAUGAGGAGGAGAAGAAGAAGGAUGAGGAGGAGAAGAAGAAGGAUGAGGAGGAGAAGAAGAAGGAUGAGGAGGAGAAGAAGAAGGAUGAGGAGGAGAAGAAGAAGGAUGAGGAGGAGAAGAAGAAGAAGAAGAAGAAGGAGGAGGAGAAGAAGAAGAAGAAGAAGAAGGAGGAGGAGAAGAAGAAGAAGAAGAAGAAGGAGGAGGAGAAGAAGAAGAAGAAGAAGAAGGAGGAGGAGGAGAAGAAGAAGAAGAAGAAGGAGGAGGAGGAGAAGAAGAAGAAGAAGAAGGAGGAGGAGGAGAAGAAGAAGAAGAAGGAGGAGGAGGAGAAGAAGAAGAAGAAGAAGGAGGAGGAGGAGAAGAAGAAGAAGGAGGAGGAGGAGAAGAAGAAGAAGGAGGAGGAGGAGAAGAAGAAGAAGGAGGAGGAGGAGAAGAAGAAGAAGGAGGAGGAGGAGAAGAAGAAGAAUUAG